AUAGGGAGGAUGUACCAUUUUACCUAGAGUAAGGAAAUCAGAAAGCAGAGGACAUCCGUUUAAGUGAGGGGAAAGAUUUAAAAGGAACCCGAGGGGCAACCCUUCCACACAGAAGGUGGUGGGUAUAUGGAACAAUCUGCCAGAGGAGGGAGUUGAGGUAGACAAAAUGCAAGAAGGAACUGUAGACACCGGUUAGACAGAACAUGCUGGAGUAACUCUGCGAGACAGGCAGCAUCUCUGGAGAGAAGGAAUAGAUGACGUUUCGGGUGGAGACCCUUCUUCAGACUAUUCUGUUUCUCUCUAGAUGAUGCCUGACUCGCUGAGUUACUCCAGCAUUUUGUGUCUAACUUCGAGAAAGUUGAAGAUAGACACAAAAAGUUGGAGUAACUCAGCAGGACAGGAGCAAAGGAUUUGGUGACUUCUGGUCGAGACCAUUCUUCAAGGUUGAGGCGGGUAUUACAACAUUUAAAAGACAUUUGAACGUGCAUAGAUAGGAAAGGUUUAGAAGAAUAUGGGCCAAAUGUAGGCUGGUUGGACGAGUGACAUCUUGGUCAACAUGGACAAGUUGGGCCGAGGUGCCUGGUUUUGUGCUCUUUGACCCUAUAACUAGAGGAGGGAGUUUCCUUUAUCUAAUACCCUUUAAUUCAGACAUCAUUCUGGUAAACCUCUUCUGGUCCCUCUGCAAAGCCUUGACAUCCUUCUUGUAAUGGGGUGACCAGAUUAGUCAGAUUUAUUGUUACCUAUACCGAUGUCAUAUGAGAAGGUUGAUUUUGCAUGCUAGGGUACGCAGGGAGAGAGAGAUUAGCCAUGAUUGAAUGGCGGAAUAGACUUGAUCGGCUGAAUGGCCCAAUUCUACUCCUAUUCCUUAUAACUAUGAUCAGAUAAUACUAUACAUACAAAUCAAACUCGAAUACAACACAAAGAGCAAAGGGGAAGACACAGGGUUGUACAGAGAGUACAGAGGAGAUUUACUAAAAUGUUGCCUGGGUUUCAACAACUAAGUUACAGAGAUAGGUUGAAUAAGUUAGGUCUUUAUUCUCUGGAGCGCAGAAGGUUAAGGGGGGACUUGAUAGAGGUCUUUAAAAUGAUGAGAGGGAUAGACAGAGUUGAUGUGGACAAGCUUUUCCCUUUGAGAAUAAGGAAGAUUCAAACAAGAGGACAUGACUUCAGAAUUAAGGGACAGAAGUUUAGGGGUAACAUGAGGGGGAACUUCUUUACUCAGAGAGUGGUAGCGGUGUGGAAUGAGCUUCCAGUGGAAGUGGUGGAGGCAGGUUGGUUGGUAUCAUUUAAAAAUAAAUUGGAUAGGCAUAUGGAUGAGAAGGGAAUGGAGGGUUAUGGUAUGAGUGCAGGCAGGUGGGACUAAGGGAAAAAGUUGUUCGGCACGGACUUGUAGGGCCGAGAUGGCCUGUUUCCGUGCUGUAAUUGUUAUGUUAUAUGGUUAUAGGGUGCAGAAUAUAGUUCUCAGCAUUGUAGCGCAACAGUGUAAGAGACAAAGUCUAAUGUCCGCAAUGGGGUAGUCGGGAAUCGCAGCUGCUUGCAAUAGACCACAGGCUCCCACCAUUCACUGUAAACUUCCCUCGUAUUUGACCUUCAAACGUGCAAUACCUCACGUUUACAGGCGUACAGCACAGAGACAGGCCUUUCGGCCCAACAUUCGUGCCAACCUAACUGCCCAUGUAACAGUCCCAUUUGCUGUUCUGACCCAUAUCCCUCUAAACCUUUCCUAUCCAUAUAAUCAUUUGCCCUUCAAACGUGUUAGGAGUCACAGAAAACAGGCCCUUCGGCCCAGCCCGUCCAUGCCGACCAAGAAGCUAGUGUCAUUGGCCCAUAUCACGCUGAGCCUCGACAUGUAAUCAUUUGUCCAGAAUUAACCACAGCUGUUAUUUCUCCGCCGGGACACGCAAGCCUUUCUGGUAUGUGUUGAUGAUAUCAGCCGGCGCAACAUAUCGCGCGGGUGGGGAGGGGAGGGGAGGGGAGAAGGCUGGCCGGGAGAGAUGGAGGGACCCCCCCAGGGAACCCCCCCUACGGCUCCCGCCUGGUGGGAGACGGGUGGCGGUGCAGUGAGAGGCACACUGCGCCUUCCCCCCCUCCCUGUCCUGUGACUGGUGCUGACGGGGUUAAGUCCGCUCUUUGUGAACGAGAGCGCCUGGGCCAGGAAUAGCGGCUGACACAAGGCUUGUAGACGGCCGGGCAACGACCCAGACACAGUCCCAAGGCCCCAGACGGCACGGCGGCGCAGCGGUAGGGCUGCUGCCUUACGGUGCUAAAGACCCGGGUUCGAUCCUGACCACAGGUGCCGUCCGUACGGGGUUUGUACGUUCUCCCCGUGACCGCGUCGGUUUUCUCCGGGUGCUCCGGUUUCGUCCCACACUCCAAAGACGUACAGGUUUGUAGGUUAAUUGGCAUUAGUAAAUUCUAAAUUGUCCCUGGUGUGAAGGAUAGUGCUUAUGUACGGAGAUCGCUGGUCGGCGCCGCCUCGGUGGGCCGAAGGGUCUGUUUCCGUUCUGUAUCUCUAGACGAUACUUCGCCCCAGCUCCAUCCCUGCCCCCGCCCCACAGCCCCGGCCCGCGAUGGCCCGGAGGCUGCAGAGCGUGUGGCCGGAGCGAGAGGGGCCGGCGCCGGACAGCGGGCUCCGGGCUAGACUGCGGCCGCGGCUGUGCAGAGACCUGCUGGUCCAGAACGCGUUGUACACUGGGGACCUGGAGCGGCUGCGGCGCCUCCUCCCUUGGGGAGUCGACGUGGACCUGGUCAUCGAAGUGACCGGCCCGGAGCACGGUGAGUGGCCGGGGAGAGAGGGGAUACUCGGGGGAGCGCCGCACUGUGGGCGUGGCUGCAGAUGUGGAGUUUGCACGUUCUUCCCUGUGACCGCUAGGUUUAGGACACUGGGCCAAUGGGACGAUCCCAGAAUGGACAGUGUGGGCCGAAGGGCCUGUUGCGAGCUGUACCGCUGUGUGACUGCUGUUCCUGCCGCAGGGAUCUGGUCGCUGUGUUACCGCCAGGAGUUCACCAGUCCACUGCACAUCUGUAGCAGCCGGGGCUUCCAGCUGUGUGUGCAGUACCUGUUGUCGUGCGGGGCUCUGCCCGACCUCUGCCCGGGGGGCAAGACCGCGCUACACGAGGCCUGCGAGAACGCCCAGGGGGAGUGUGUGCGUCUGCUGCUGAACGGUGGCGCCAACCCCAACGCCAGGUCUGAGGAUGGGUACUGCCCGCUGCACCUCUGCACCGCGCCGGAGUCACUGCAGUGUGCGCAGUAUUUGCUGGCGUCCGGCGCCUCCGUGAACAGCCGGACGGAGGAACGGGAGGACAGCGCUCUGCACUUCGCCGCCCGCUUCGGGCUGGAACUACACGUGGAGCUGUACCUGGGCGCUGGCGCCGGCGCUAACGGGGUGAACGGGAGCGGCCAGACGCCGCUGCACUGUGUGUGUGCUCAGCCGCACGGCCGGGCCGACGCCGAGCGCUACCACCGGGUGUGCCGCCGGCUGCUGGACAGUGGAGCCGCCGUGCGGACCCUCGACAGCGAGCAACAGUCGCCGCUGCACCUCGCCUGUUCCACGGCCAACCACCGCAACGUCGACAUGCUGCUCGGCCGCGGCGCCGACACCAACCGCAUGGACUACGGUGGCAACGCGCCGCUGCACAAUGCGCUGCAGGCCGUCAACUACAGGCUACACAUGGAGCCAGAGCGCACCGUCCGCGCACUCCUCAACCACGGCUCCAUCCGCAUCUGGCCCGGCGCCAUGCCCAAGGUGUUGAAAUACUGCUCCGUUCCCCCGCGCACCAUCGAGGUCCUGGCCAACGUCUACGACCGGCUGAAGGUUACGGAUGACUGGAUCCGGGCGGUGCCGCCGGAGGUGUUGCAGGAACACGGCGCUUUCUACAGCUCUGUGUGGGCACUCCGCCGGCAGCCGCGGUCCCUGCCAGCAUCCUCGCCCGCUGCGUGAUCCGCACCGAGUGCCCGGGCCUGACCACCGCGCCCGCCUCGCCCGCCUGCCGCUGCCGCCGCCGCUCAUCCGCUACCU